UUGUUCCUCCUGAUGCAGUUUAUUUGUUAUUGUAUAGAUUGAACAUAUCUGAAAGCCUAACGACAUCAGACAAUUUCAUUAAGUUUUAUUCAUAGUAUCGAAAGUAUUAAAGUUUUAAUAGAAAGUUUACCGGAUUUAUUUAGCAGCAAAAAGCAUCUAAAACCAUGGCGAGUCGUUUAUACUUCCUUACUAUCGGGGUGAAUAUGUGUGAGCAGGGAUUUGAUUUACUUGGAACUCUGGAAAAAAUACGACAGUUACUGUGUGACUACAAAUCCGCAACGAAAUGUAUCUACAAGUAUAAGGUGACCGGUGAAUCCAAGAUAAUUGCAGUAUUUGAAGUUUCUAAUGUGGUCGGAUUUGAGCGCAUGAUUUCGGGACUUGCAAGACUUGGGAACAUAUGUGUCACAUGUAAACCUUUGAGACCAUAUGAAAAGAUUGCCGAAAUGUUGAAGGUUGAUGAAGAAUUGACAAAACCUUCAACAAAUAGUAUUAAAAAUGACACCCAGUUGUUCUGGCUGGAUUUCACAGUGGAGUACCCAGGAAAGACAACAGAUGAAUUAUUGGCGAUUUGGUAUAAGGAAGCAACUUUUGCAUUAACAUCUAGAAUGAAGGGAGGUGUUCAUAUUGAGUUAUUUAAAAAUGUAGGCGAAAGGAAGGUGCAAGCGUUUGUUGCGAUGGGGCCUGAUGAACUUGAUGAACUGACCUUUAACAUCCCUUUGGUAAAGGAAAAUGGAAAUGGGGUCAAUAUCAAUGUUCACGCAGUACAAAGUUUGGAUGAUUAUUGUUUAUCCAUGUCAUCACAAAUGGCUUAGAUAAAAUAUACAAAUAUACGUGAUGUAAGCAUGAUUUUGUGCAUUGCAUAGUGUCAUUUUUAAAGGAAUAAGAACUUUUAAAUAGUCUACAAAUGGUGACCCUGGCAAAAGUUUUUACACAAUAUCCUAAAGAAGAAAAUAGAAAGUGUACAAUUAUGUUUUGUUUCACAGAAUUCAGUGUUGUCGCUAUACUUUGAUUGAAAUAAUAAAUUGUUUAUAUACUUAUA